CUUAGGGGUGUGCAUCCUCUGGCCCUCUCACCGGUAUGACCUCCUCCUCAGCAUCUCACCUAGAUCUGGCUGACUAUAUAUAAGGAGCCUUGAUGAAUGGAUUGGCACAGAGGGAAAGCAAGGAGAGAAGCAGAUAGCUUUCCAGUGUGACCACUUCAAAUACAUCUGAUCAAAAUGGUUGGACUGAGACCCUCUGACAUCCCCCCUACACCAGCUGUGAAGUUUAUCGGUGCUGGCACCGCGGCAUGCAUAGCUGACCUCUUCACAUUCCCCUUGGAUACAGCAAAAGUCAGGCUACAGAUACAAGGAGAGUCAACAGCAGCCAAUGGAAUUCGAUACAAAGGAGUUUUUGGCACUAUAGGAACAAUUGUGAAGACUGAAGGACCCAAGAGCCUCUACAACGGAUUAGUGGCCGGACUGCAAAGACAAAUGAGUUUUGCCUCCAUUAGAAUUGGGCUGUAUGACACAGUCAAACUCUACUACACCAAUGGAAAAGAGAAAGCCGGGAUUGUAAGCAGAAUACUUGCUGGAUGUACGACAGGGGCAUUGGCUGUCACGAUAGCCCAGCCAACUGAUGUGGUGAAAGUCCGAUUCCAAGCUCAGGUCACUCUGCAAGGGGUGAAGAGGAGAUACAAUGGUACUAUGGAUGCAUACAAAACCAUCGCAAGGCAAGAAGGAAUGAGAGGCCUUUGGAAAGGAACAUUUCCAAAUGUCACAAGAAAUGCAAUCGUCAACUGCACUGAACUGGUGACCUAUGACCUAAUAAAGGAAUCCCUGCUGCAGUACAAACUAAUGACUGAUAACCUCCCUUGCCAUUUUGUAUCUGCCUUUGGAGCUGGGUUUUGUACUACGGUUAUUGCUUCCCCAGUGGAUGUGGUAAAGACAAGAUAUAUGAAUUCUCCCCCUGGACAGUACAAGUCUGCUAUUAACUGUGCAUGGACCAUGCUCACGAAGGAGGGACCGACUGCCUUUUAUAAAGGGUUUGUCCCUUCAUUUUUGAGGUUGGGAUCCUGGAACGUUGUCAUGUUUGUGUCUUAUGAGCAACUGAAGAGAGCAAUGAUGAUGUCCAGACAAAGGGUUGAAUACGCAGUGUGAAACCACCUACGUCCAGAAUGCAGACCAUGGCUCAAAAUAUAUCAAAAUCUGCUAAUACGACUGUUCGUUCAUAGUACAUUACACAUGUAUAUACUAAAGGAGCAGUAGAUGGCUGUAAUGAGGCAAACACUAUAAUGUGUGUGACAGCCUAUAGUAAUAGUCCACUGCAAAUAUGACAUGUAUGUGCAGUUGAAUCCACAGUAGAAGUCCAGGGCUGACCCCAGAUUUCAGGCCGCAGAGAUGUUGUGAUGAUUCCAUGUCAAGAAGGGACUCAUCACUCCUUUUUUAUUUUUAUUUUUUCUGACAGAUUUCAAUUCUGUGCCAUAUGAAAUAUGGCAGGGAUUAUCAUUGAAAUCAAUGGGAUGCUGAACACACAUGGAUUUUGGUACACAAUACAGUAUGUGUAAAGAAAACCGCUGUGUGAACAUGACUGUGUAUUAGUAUACUGUAUGCAU